AUGUCAACAAGAUAUUCUCUCAGGCAGACGCCAAAGAAGAAGGAACUCUUUCAGGGCAUGACAGAGACGCCUUUGCCACAGCGCCGUUCCUCUCGUCGUCAAUCUUCCGUCCCUGCCGACAACGCUCCUUCAGACGCCGAGACCGAGACCAGCUCGAUUCCCGAGAAGACGACCCGCUCUACCCGUCGCCGCACCGCUAGGUUCACCGAGGAGAUGGAUGAGAGUCUGGAUAAGGAGACCAAGGUCAAGCCCACCGCCAGUGGCGUGGCCAAUGGCCUCGGUAAGAGCGCCACUGCCACCAACGGAAACGGCGCUGCUGCUGCCGCCAAUGGCAAUGGCAACGGCACCGCCCAUGCCAAGAAGGCGAACGGUGUUGCCGCUGCUGCCGAAGCCUCGGCUGUUAGCGUCGUCGACGGUUGGAAACCCGGCCAGGACCCCAGGAUCGACUACUCGGGCGAGGUCGAAUUUGGUGGCUCCCUUGGCACCCUCUCCAUGAUGAUCAUCUUCCCCUUAAUCAUGUGGUACAUGUGGGUUGGCGCCACCUACUACGACGGCAGGUUCCCCUCCCGCUCCGAGGGUCAGACCUGGCCCGAGUUCGGCCAGCACCUCUUCAACCUCGUCUACACCGGCGCGUUCCCCCACGCCAAGGCCUGGGCCUGGUAUUGGAGCUACCUCAUCUUCGAGGGCGCCUGCUACUGCCUCCUCCCCGGCGUCUGGGGCUGGGGGAAGCCCCUGCCUCACAUGGGGGGCAAGCAGCUUCGCUACUUCUGCAACGCCUACGCGAGCCUGUACUUCACCCUCUCCGUCCUGGCCGUCCUGCACUUCUCCGGCGUCUGGCGGCUGUACAACGCCAUCGACGAGUUCGGCCCGCUCCUGUCCGUCGCCAUCUUCAGCGGCUUCAUCGUCAGCUUCGUCGCAUACUUCUCGGCCCUGUGGAGGGGCAAGCAGCACCGCAUGACGGGCUACCCCAUCUACGACUUCUUCAUGGGCGCCGAGCUCAACCCCCGCAUGUUUGGCAUCCUCGACUUCAAGAUGUUCUUCGAGGUCCGCAUGCCCUGGUACUUCCUGCUCAUCCUGUCUCUGGGUACCGCCGCCCGCCAGUACGAGACGUACGGCUACGUCUCGGGUGAGGUGGCCUUUGUCGUCAUGGCCCACUACCUGUACGCCAACGCCUGCUCCAAGGGCGAGGAGCUCAUCAUCACCACCUGGGACAUGUACUACGAGAAGUGGGGCUUCAUGCUCAUCUUCUGGAACCUCGCCGGCGUCCCCCUCUCCUACUGCCACUGCACCAUCUACCUGGCCAACCAUGACCCGGCCGAGUACCGCUGGAACCGCUAUGCCCUCGCCGCCUUCUACGUCGCCUAUCUCUUCUGGUACUGGGUCUGGGACAGCUGCAACAGCCAGAAGAACCGCUUCCGCGCCAUGGAGAAGGGCAAGCUCAUCCCCCGCAGGACCUUCCCCCAGGUUCCCUGGCAGACCGUCCACAACCCCAAGACUAUCCAGUCCCCUGAGGGCACCAUCCUCGUCGACGGUUGGUACGGCCUCGCCCGCAAGAUCCACUACACCGCCGACGCCUGGUUCUCCAUCUCCUGGGGCCUCAUCACCGGCUUCCACAGCCCGUUCCCCUGGUUCUACCCUGUCUUCUUCUGUUGCAUGAUUGCCCACCGUGCCUCGCGCGACAUUCACCGCUGCCGCACAAAGUACGGAGAUGCCUGGAUCGAGUACGAGAAGCGCGUGCCCUACCUCUUCAUCCCAUACGUCAUCUAA